GGUAUCAGUUGCUCACAGCCAAUCGAACAAUCCCAACAUGAAAUUCUUCAUCGUCGUCGUCCUCAUCGCCGCUGCUGCAGCAGCUCCGUCCAGCUACAAGCCGUACGAAAAGACGUACGAGAAGGACUACAAAUACCCAGAGAUCACCGUCACCGGUCAAUCCGACGAGCGUAAUGUUGAUGGCAGCGGAAAGUGGAACUACGCCCAGUCUGACUACACCACCCGUGAGGAAGCCCAGGAGCAAAAGAAAUUCACCGUCACUACUGUCGAUGACUACGGCAAGGAAUACACCGCAGAGGUCUUUGGCAACACCAACAAGGGAUCUUCUUACUGGGUUUCUCCUGAAGGCGAGAAAUUCACUUUGACAUGGGUCGCUGAUAACGCUGGAUUCCACCCCAAGGGUGACCACUUGCCCGUUGCUCCCGUCCACGUCUACGAACUUCCAGUGGCCCCAGUCCAUGAGUACGUUCUCCCCGUCGCACCCGUCCACGAAUACGUUCUCCCAGUUGCUCCCGACCAUAUUCCCUUCAAUGGAAAGGGCUUCAAGAUCUAUUAGACCAUACCUUUUUAACUGUGGAUAAUAAAUUAUUUCAAUGUA